CCUGCGCCCCGAGGCGGGCCUGCCCCAGGCGGGGCCCCCACAUUCUGAGGCCCCCCUGAGGUAAUCACGGGUUGAUGCUGAGGUUCUCCGUGUGUCUGACCGUGUGUCUUUCUCAUCUGGUCACGAUCCAGGAGCAGCCGAGAGGCCAGGGCAUGGCUCUGAUGACCUUGCGGAGGAACCUCUGUCACCUCACUGAGUUUCGGAGGCGCGGGGCGCGCGCUGUUCUGAAAAGUCAGCCCGUCGCGCACGUUCACAGGCGCCUCAGGGAGCCGCUGUGCCCCUGGGUCUGUUCACGACAGCCUGGGCCUGCCCGGGUCCGCUUCCAUCACGCCUGCUGUCAAAAAUUCCAUUCGGAAAAUGGAAACGACCUGCACCCCCUGGAGGCGCCGGGCUUCGCCCCUGUGCCUGACUGCGGCGGGCUUGCACGCGAUCUGAAAGACGCCGACGAGCAGGUGUUCUACAGGAGACUACACAGGUUCACUUCAUCACAAGAAGUGUUAGGUUUUAUAAGCACCCUGCAGGCGCUGCCGGACAGCAUGGCGGCCGGAGCCUUCCAGCGCAUCUGUGAAAUGGAGAACCAAGGCGGCGGCCCAGGGCCUCCGAAGGAAAUCCUGGAGAACAGCAUCUUUCAAGCUUUGUGCAUUCAGGUGCAGCGGGAGCCCUCCAACCUGUCAAACACCGGCUUGGUGGCCACCUUGCAAGCCCUCACGCUGCUGAAUGUGGGUCCCCAGAGUAGCUUGUUACCGAACCUGGUGGCUGAAUGCCAGCAUCGCCUCCAAAGGGGUGCCCUGGACGUGCACAGUCUCUGCGUUCUUGCAGAAAGUCUGGUUAAACUGCAAGGUCCAGGUUGUUCGAUGCUUGGACUGAUUAAGGAUGAGCUGCAGGGUGAGAACUGGGGAAACUUCACCCCUGAGGAUGUCGUGGCCCUUUAUAGAACACUGCAGCUGUGUUCCGAAAAAGUAGACCAGCACCAGGAGUUUCUAAAUAAGAUCAACGACUUCUCUCUCUCCAUCGUUGCCAACCUAAGUCCUAAAUCCAUCAGCCAGAUGCUCAGCGCCCUCGUGGCUCUUGAUCAGACGCAGGCGCUCCCUCUGGUUAUAAAGCUGGGGAAAUACGUGGUGAGGCAUAUCCCCCGAUUCACCAACGAAGAGCUGGAAAAAGUCUUGGACGCUUUCAUCUACUUCGGGCACAGCGACCGGUUCCUUACGAAAGGCCUCGAGCAGCACGUGGCAUCCCUCUGCCUGGCGCUGGACCCCCAGCUGGUGAGCAGGGUCAUGGAGUACUGCGGGCAGAAGCGCAUUCUUUCUAAGCCCAUCAUGAAUGCCGUCGCAGAGACUUUCGUUCAGCAUUCAGAAAAAUUUUCACCUCUCCAGAUUUCAGCGCUAAUUGAACCAUUUGGGAAACUCAAUUACUUGCCACCAAAUGCCCCUGCUUUAUUUAGGAAGCUCGAAGAUAUACUCUUCACGCAAUAUAAUUGUUUCCCACCCAAAGCACUAUUGAAACUUCUGCAUUCGUGUUCGCUUAUUGAACGCCAUCCAGUCAACUUUAUGCCAAAAAUAUUCAGUCCUUGUUUUCUUCAACAGCUGCAAGACGAGGAACCAUAUUUGGACAGACUGAGUCUCGCACAACUGACCCAGCUUUUCGUGACCUCGGUCCUGGAGUGCCCUUUCUACAAGGGUCCCCGGCUCCUCCCCAGAUAUCAGGUGAAGUCAUUUCUCACUCCAUGCUGCUCCCUGGAGACCCCCAUGGACUUCCGGCUGUAUAAAUCCGUGAUGGUUGGGCUCAUUGACCUUCUAGGAGGAAGAUGCUAUUUUGCUUCCAAGGUGUUGACACCCUUCGGCUACACCAUAGAUGUUGAAAUUAAGUUAGAUGAAGAAGGAUUUGUAUUGCCAUUCACAGUUGAUGAAGAUGUGCAUAAAAGGCUAGCGCUCUGCAUCGAUGGGCCGAAAAGGUUCUGCAUGACUAGCAGGCACCUGCUGGGGAGGGAAACCAUCAAGCAGAGACAGCUGAGCUUGCUGGGGUACCAGGUGGUUCAGAUCCCCUAUUUUGAGAUCGAAGUGCUGAAAACGAGACUUGAAUUAGUGGAGUAUUUGCAGAGAAAACUCUUUUCUCAGAGCGCUGGCGUGCGCUGGUGACGGGAGGAAUGUGGCUUCUGAAAGGGGCUGGCGGGGGGACCCGCAUCCCGCCAUCUGGAAGGAUCUGUGGUGUCCCUGGACAAUUUGAAAUUAAUUAUUUCUAUUCAGUGUAGUAUCACAGAUACUUGGUACAUCAGAUAGAUGUGAUCAAACACAAUAAAGGAAUUUUGAAUAAGUUUAUUCUAAAUCUUUUCUAACGCUUACCUGCUGCCCGAGACCACUAUGGUCUUUAGAGAACUUCGGUCCCCUUCGGCCGAGCCUCGGGCCUCGGCCCCCACCUCACGUGGACACAGGCGUCGCGAGACUCCGUACUGUGGAUGAGACAGUUACGGUUAUGCAGGAAAGAGUAAUAAAAUAUUCUAUA